UGAUGCCAAUCAAAUCUGCAGCUCUAUUACUUCUAAUGUUCGGAUUAAUCUAUUAUAGUUACAUCUUCCAUCCAUAUUCAAUGGGGUAUAAAGAAAUCCUUCUGAAACAACAUUCUACAGCAAAUGACAACGAUUUUGUCACAGAUAUCUCUCACCUUCUCUUUGGAUUAGUCGGGUCCGAAAGAGAAUGCCAUCACAGGAAAGCGUAUAUGGAAUCGUGGUGGCGCCCGGACGAAAUGCGCGGAUAUCUAUUCCUCGAUAAACCUCCGACAGGUGAUGAUCUUCUUCCAUGGUCUUCGGCUUCCCCUCCGUACCGAGUCUCUAAUAACAUAACCGAAUUCGGGAAAGAGAUUAAUGCAUCUUCCUCUUCGGACAUUAUUCGCACUGGGUAUGCGAUCAUGGAAGUUGUAAGAGAAUACCCGGAAGGGUUCAGAUGGUUGUUGAUAGGGGAAGAUGAUACGAUAUUUUUCGUGGAAAACAUUCUUGAUGUGCUCGAGAAGUACGAUGACACAAAGUUGUAUUACUUUGGAGGUAAUUCUGAAUUGGUGGCAAAGAAUUUUAAUCUCUCGUUUAACAUGGGAUUUGGUGGAGCUGGGUACAUUUUUAGUUACCCUGUGGCGAAAUUGUUAGCAAAAUAUAUGGUCAAUUACCUAAGGACAUUCGGACGUGUGUACUCUUCUUUUGACCUUAUUUUGAUGUCUUGUUUAGCUGAUUUUGGAGUUACCUUUUCUCCUCAGAAGGGGAUGCAUCAGAUUGAUUUAAGAGGUAACAUAUCUGGAUUCCUAUCAUCUCAUACAAAAGAUCUUUUGAUGUCCCUUCAUAACUUCGACGUUGUAGAACCAAUCUUCCCAAAACUGGAUCGUUUCGAUUCAACUCGACACUUGAUGAAAGCUGCAGGAGUUGACCAGUCGCGCUUGUUGCAACAAACCGUUUGUCACGACCGGCAACAUAACCGGACCUUUUCGAUUUCGUGGGGUUAUUCCAUCCACAUUUACGAGAAAAUAAUGCCUCGGAGUUGGCUACAAAUGCCGCUGGAAACCUUUACGACGCCGGUGGUGGAGGAGCCUCCGGUGAAUCCAAAUCCGCCGCAUUACAUGUUUAACACCCGGCCGCGGCCGGGAGAUAAUAACCCUUGUGAUGCUCCUCAUGUCUUUUAUUUCGACUCAAUAGAAAUAAACUCCGAUGACAAUGAUCCGGUGGUUGUGAGUAGCUAUGGUCGAUCUGGAGAAAGGGGAUUGCCGCCUUGUUUGGUUGAUCAAAAUGGGAAUAACUCUGCGGAUAUUGUGUCUCGGAUUUAUGUCUACUCACCACCAACCCGGCGGAUUGAGCUUGAUCGAAGUGAAUGCUGCGACGUUGCUCAAGAAGAUGAGCCAAAGAAUGUUACUCAUCUAGUAUUCAGAGAAUGCAUGCCUGAUGAGAUCAUGGCUUAGAGAAAAAUCUUGACAUUGGACUCAGUCCGAAAAUUAUUUUUCUUUUUAAAUUUUCAAUUCGAGUUCAACUAAAGAUAAGAAUUUAUGUGGACUAAAAUUUUAAGACGGAUUGAGUAUAAAGUUUAUAAAUAGGACGGGAGUCAGAAUUCAAGAACUUUUACUCCAUUAAUAAGUUGAGAAAUUUGGACUUGCUUUAUUUUAAACACAGUGCUUUCUUGUUAGAAUAUUGGGUUGAAAAGCGUAUACAAACAACUUUCUCUACUAAACAAGUUGAAAUGUAGCCCACCGGAAUUUUCAUUGUCACUUAGUUCUAAUCACCAG